AUGUCGAACCCCAACGAGCCCAAGGUUGACGCAACCACCAAUUUCCCCAAGCACAAUAGCGACACGCCGGGAGAGGAAUUCGAAGUUCGGCAAACCUCAUCGUCCGAGGAUUACACUCCCGACCCAUCCAAAUCAAUCAAGCUCUCCCCUGCGCGGCAAGCUCUGAUCGACGACAUCAUUGCGCUGUAUUCAUGUGAGCCCACGGUCGAGCGCGUGAAGCGAUAUACCCCAGACUGUGUGUACGAUGAUCAGUUCGUCUAUGCCAAUGAUCGAUAUAAGAUGGCUGGGCAGUGGUUUGCGCUGCCGAAGCUGUUCAAGGCCAGCAAGAAUGAGAGAUAUGAAAUCGUGAAGAAUGAUCGGGACCUGAUCCAAUUCAAGAACGAACAGUCAUGGACAUUCAAGAUCAUCCCAAAGACCGCCACGAUCAAUGCUCUCGUUAGUCUGAGCCUCGAUCCCGGCACAGUUGAUUCGGACUUCAUCCAGGUGAAGUACCACAAAGACCAGGCCAACGACAAGGACUACUCACAUGAAGGUGUCGGCUUCAGUUUCAAGAAGUGGCAGGCAGACCAGGUGGCCAAAAAUAUGGACAGCAAGGAGGUCGAGCAAUUCAUCGGAGAUAAGGAUGCUGCGAAGAGGCCGGUGAAGAAGUACGGAAGUGGAACAGGUGAUGCGCCGGUGAAGGAUAUGUAA